CAAUGAGUCGCGCAUCAGACAUCUUUUGUAUCCCAUGUGCAGCUUUCCCAACUUCUGUUGGCUAGGUCCUAGGUCCUAAACUGGAGUUCUCCAUGAUUCCUGACCGGAACUCAUGCAUGAUCGGUGUGCUGCUCUGCAUGACAUUGCUCCGCUCAGGGUAGGCCAUAGGAUGUGUUCGUUACUGAUCCAGCUUCGGGUUUGAAAGAUGAAAAUAGUUUAAAGCAGCAGCAGCAGCAGCUCCAGCUCUGAGUUUCUUAGGAUGAUACUACUAGACCAGGAUUAGCUGCCCACCUAUUCGAAUGCCAAUGGCGUUUCUCCGGCCUUCCUUCCUGCUACCGGGUCGCUACAUCCGCUGCUUCCUGCUCAGUGGCCCUGGCCUUGACAACGUCCACAUUCUUGCCCGGCCCGCUUCUAACGAUGGGGAGACAGACUGUGACCCGGCGGCGCCCAUCGCUGGGGUUCCACGCAUGGCGGCCAGGCCGGCCCCAGCAGCGGGGCAGCAUUGGGUGCAUGCUGGGCGGGCAGCCGGGCAGGAUUGGAGGCAACACGCAUACCACUCCAGGUCAUCGCCCUUGCCACUCAUUGGGGCGCACCGGGGGGUGGUGCAGCGCGACGACGAGAUUGUAGGGUCCGGGGGGGGCCAGGCGCGGAGUGGGACAGCAUUUCAAGGAGCGCCCAGUACGAUGUUCCCGAAGGCACCAGGGUGGCCGUCGGUGGGCAGGGUGCGCACCCACAUGGGCCACAGCCAUGACCACGCAGCGCAUGAGCCGGUGACCUCCGAGGGGGAGAAGGUCGUGCGCCUGGGCUUUUGGAGCGACAUUGGGCUGACCAUCGGCAAGGCGGGUGCGGGCUACAUCUCUGGCUCCACGGCCAUGCUGGCGGACGCUGCUCACUCCUUCUCCGACAUUGCGCUGAGCGGCGUCAGCUGGUGGUCGGUGCGCGCCGCAGCCGUGCCCAAGGACAAAGAGCACCCCUAUGGCCAUGGCAAGUACGAGUCCCUUGGAGCGUUUGGAGUCUCGGUGUUGCUCAUUGCGACUGGGGCCGGCAUUGCGUGGAAUGCCCUAGAAGCUCUUCAGGCCGCGAUGGGCCCCGCCUUGGCCCUGGCUGCCUCGUCUCUUCCUGACGCGCUGAGCGCAGCGCAGGCAGCCGUGACGUCGGGACAUGACCAUGGGGGACACUCCCAUGCCAUUGACACGGGCAACCUGGGGGUGGCACUCGCAGCAGCGCUGCUCUCCAUUGGUGUCAAAGAAGGGCUGUACUGGCGCACCAAGGCGGUGGGGGAGCAGACGGGCAGCCAGCUGCUGAUGGCCAACGCGUGGCACCACCGUUCCGACGCGCUCUCCUCCCUGGUGGCCCUCGUGGGCGUCGGGGGUGCGUACCUGGGUGUCCCCUGGCUGGACCCGGUGGCGGGGAUGCUGCUGGCGGGCAUGAUCGUCAAAGCCGGCCUCGACAUCUCCACCAACAGCGUGAAGGAGCUGGUGGACGCGUCAGUGCCGGACCCCGUCCUGACGUCGCUGCGGGACACGGCCAUGGCGGUGCCCGAGGUCAAGGGCUGUCAUCGAGUCCGGGCCCGCAAGAUGGGGUCCAACAUCGUGGGAGACCUGACCAUCGAUGUGGCUCCCUUCUUGAGCGUGAGCGCCGCACACAACGUCGCGGAGGUGGUCCGGCUGGCCCUGCUGCGCAAGAACCCCUCUCUCGUCGACGUCAUCGUACAUGUGGAGCCCGAUGAUGCUGCUCACGACGACGAGCUCCCCCCACAUCGAGCCUCGAGUGCGAGGAGCAGUGGCAACGGAGCUGGCCCCGACUGGAACGAGGCCCAUGUGGAAAGUGUGGCGGGGCGGGAGAACGCGCACGCCCACCAGGCUGUGCGCGAGCAGGAGGACGGGCUGAAUCGCCACCGCGAGCAGCUGCCGCUGCAGUCCGACGUGGAAGCGCAGAUCCGGGAGCGCGUCAGCAGCAGCUUUCCGGAGGUGGUCGCCGUGACGCACGUGACGUGUCACUUUCUGGAGCGGGGGACCAUCGCGCGGAUCACCAUCCAGGUGGACCCUGCCAUGACCGUCGAGGCUGCUGCCCGCCUGGGGCGGCAAUUGGAGGCCGACCUGGAGCGCAGCCUGGCCGACGUGGCGGAAGCGGACGUGCACCUCGAGCUCAACAGCCAUGCGCCGGGCGCAACGCCUCUCGGGGCGUCAAGUGUCACGACUUGACGAGCAACUCGUGAACUCAGCAAGCUUCCUUCAUAAGGCACUCAUGUUGAAUAAAGUAAAGAAACGGAGUUGACCUCUUCCUAUGCAGUUUCGAAAUAAUGUAUGUAAUUCAUUGACAAACGCAUGUGAGCACGACACGACGCGCGUGUUCUGAGGUGGACGUGUUUGUAGAUGUGCAGCAAAAAUUAUCAUAGCAGGGGAGACAAUAAACUAUGAAUGUCGGCUUGUUAGUACAUUUGAC